AUGCCCCCACCGCCGACCUACCGCACCGGCUCAUCCCUCUCCUCGUCCUCCUCGUCUCCCGCACCAACAUCCUCGUCUCCCGCCGAUCCAGUCGCCGCAACGACCGCAUUCGACCGCGCAAAGGCAUUCCGCGAGAGACUCGAGUCGGCUCGCGCGAAUACGGCGGUGCGGACGAGUACGGGACAGCAAUCGCCGCCUCCCCCUCCUCCCCCUCCUCCUCCUCCGACUGGGACGACCCCCUCGACGCUCCCGCCCGCACCAGCUUCGCUCCCUACACGUCCGACGCUUGCGGCGCUCUCAGCAUCCGCCGCUCCAUCCGCGCCGACGAGUCAGCCUCAGGUGCCGCGUGCGCGCGAGGUGGAUACGAUCGCGACAAACGAGGGGAAGGAGCGAGGCGAAGAAACGUUCCCCAUCCCCUCCGUCGCACACACCGCUCCCCCGCCCGCUCCUCCCACAGUCCCCUUCCAUCUCUACCCCUCACCCGCCCCUUACCCAGGAUACAUCCCCUCCCUCCCUUCCUCCGCUUAUCCAAUCUCCUCUCUUCACCCGAGCCCGCUCAUGGCGCCGAUGGGAGCGUCGGUGGAUGCGGUGGUUGAACAUGCGUUGGGAGUCGUUGGGGUCAGUAGGGAGGAGUGGGAGGAUACGGAGAGAGUGGAGCGGAGGUUGCUCGAGGUUUGGGAGGAGAAGAUACUCCCCCAUCCCGCCUCUCACCUCCCACCCUCCCUCCCCUCCUCCCUCAUCUACCUCCUCUCAACCCUCCUCACUCCCCCCUCCCUGCCCCUCACUUCUCCUCCUCUUCUGCUAAAGAUGGCGGCGUACCUGACGAUGGUUGAGAAAGCCCGCGAGGGAGGAGGGGGAGGAGAGUGGGCGAGGGUGCAUGAGUGUCUUGUGGAGGGGUGGAGGGGGGCGCUUCUGAAGGAACGGGAGAGGGAGAGAGAGGAGAGCGGAAAGAGGAGGGAGGAAGAGGGGAGGAGGAGGGAAGUGGUGCAGGAGAACCGCGAGUUGAAGAAGACCGUCGAGCAGCAGCAGUCCAACCUCGACAGGCUCGAAGCCUUAGCGACGCAGCAAGUCGCUUCCGGGAACGAGCUCGCUGACGCGCUCGAGCGGGCUGUGGAAGCGAGCCGCGAGGCGGACGCACAGAGGACGAGGGUCAGGGAGUUGGAGAAAGAGCGGGAUGAGGCGGUUGAGAGGGAGAAACGGCGCAGGGAGGACGCGAAACCGAGUCGUCGAGUCGCCCUCCUCCUCGAAGACCUCGACAAAUCCAAUUCGGCCCGCGCCUCUCUCCAAACGCAACUCGACUCGACCCUCGCCGAGCUCGCCGAAGCGCGCGCACACCUCGCCUCGACUAGUCCGGCGAAAGGAGGGAGCGAGCAGAGGGAGAGGGAGAUGGCCGAGGCGGAUCGGUUGAUUCUGGAGGGGAGGCUGGAGGUGGUUGAGAGGGAGAAGAAGGAGCUGGAAGGACGCUUGAGGGCCGAAACGGAGAGGCGGAAGAAGGCGGAGGAGGAAGAGGUCAAGCUUCGCGCAUCGACGCCGGCUCCGACGCCGUCGCCGAGCACGACGGCGGGGAACGGCACGGCAGAGAUGGACAAGCUGAGGGCCGAGUUGAAGCAGAACAAGUUCGUUAUCGAGCGACUGGCGGGCAAGGUCAAGGAGUUGAACAAGGAGGUCAGCGACAGGAGGGACGAGAAUGCCGACCUCCUCUCCCGCCUCGCCGCUGUCGACGCCGCUUGA